AAUUUUUAUUGGGCUGGGGUUCCAUAAACCCCACCGCACCGAUCGCGAAUUUUUUUUGUACUGUGCAGUUAUUUAUCUUUUGUUGAUUUUUGAGCAGAAACCAAACAAAAUGGGUAGUAAAUCCUAUGAGAAAGAGCAGGAAUUGUUACAGAAAUACAUGGAUGAGAUUCACGUUGAGCUAAAUGAAGAAAACGCAGAUCAAAUUAAUGAAGGAUCAUUAGGAGACAGCGACUCUGAUGAUCGAGAUGAUGAAGAUUAUUUAGAAGAAUCAGAACACCUUACAGAUAGCGAGCAAAGUGCCAAUAAGGAAGACGAUACAGUGGCGAAUGAAGAAUUAGAAAACCAACCUUCUACAAGUACGUCAAAAAAAUACUUUAUAGGAAAAGACGGUAGAACAAAAUGGCUUUCAGAUGUUCCAAAUAUUAAUGUGCGUACAAGAAGUCAUAACUUAGUGACGCAUUUUCCUGGCCCUUAAGGUGACGCGAAAAAUGCAAAGUCAGAAUUAAAGUGCUGGUAUUGCUUUUUUACAACUGAGCUUCUCGACAUCUUAGUCUCAUGUUCAAAUAUAUAUAUUUAAAAACAAAAAGGAAAAUAUAAAGAACCGUGUCGAACCAAAGACACUACCUUGGGUGAAAUAAAAAGUCUUUUGGGAUUAUUAUACUUAGCAGAAUCAUCAAAAUCGACAAAAUCUUGAGGAUUUGUGGCAGACUGAUGGCACAGGUAUUGAAAUUUUUCAAUACCUGUGCCAUUUUGAUGAUCUGAAUACUCGGGAAGCGAGAAAGAUUUUCGACAAGUUUGCAGCCAUGCGGUGUUUUUUUAAAAGAUUCGUGGGUAAUUGUAAAAAUAAUUACACCCCUUGGGAGUUUGUGACCAUAGACGAAAUGCUGCCAGCCUUUAGAGGACGAUGCCCUUUUAGACAAUAUCUUCCUAACAAACCAUCCAAGUAUGGGAUCAAAAUUUUUGCGGUGGCAGAUAGCAAGACAUUUUACGUUUCAAACAUGGAGGUAUAUACAGGUAAACAACCCGAAGGUCCGUACAAAAUAAAUAACUCUCCAGGCAAAGUUGUCAAAAGACUUAUUACGCCUAUUUCUGGAACAGGCAGAAAUGUUACCCCUCAGACAAUUGGUUUAUGAGUUAUCCGCUAGCUUUAGAUUUGAUAAGUCAACACAAUUUGACGGUAGUUGGAACAGUUAGGAAAAAAAACAGGAACUUCCUACAAAUAUAUCAUUUACUCACUUUACAUUACUCACCGCACUAACGCAGGGUUAAGGAUUUUAUCAGGUAUUAUGAUUUUUGUGCAAUCUGUAGUGAAGGUUAGGUUUUUCACUCGGUUUUUCAUCUCUUGUAAAAUGUUUUAUAUUGUUGUAAAUUGGGCAAUUGCUCUUUGGAAGAGAAAUAAAUAAAUAAAUAAAAAUUUUAA